GCUUAUUCUUUUACAGUUAGAGAGAUUAUUAAAACGUUGAUUAGCGAGUUAGCUAACCGUGAACGAAAAGUCAGCAGUGAGGCUAUGUAAGUUAGCAAACUUCCCGGCUGCAGUGCCACAUAGUCAGAAACAGAUAGCUGGGCCGCAGUCAUGGUUUGAUAUAUUGUGAGGCUUUGGUCCGGAGAUACAGUUUCUUGAUUAUUUUACUGCUCAUCUGUUUGAGUUACCCAUAUUUUUAUUAGCAAAUCAUACUCAAGCAUAUUCGCAGUCGAUGUAUCUUCCUACAAGUCAUUUAUAAGCUCAGGAAUAUGUAAACAAUGUCAGAUAAUAACUUCAAAACUUGUUACAGCACAAGAAGAAAUCUAACAUUAAUCACUGGGUUGAUUUUACACAAUGUCAUCAAGAGGCAUAGUCCUCCAUCUGCAAACCUGUGCAAGUCAAGGGAAGGUGACUGGAGGAAACUGAGGCUUCAACUGUGUUUGGAUAAGUUGUUUUCAAGUCAACCAUGGCUCGGGAGGAAGAGGAGGAGGAGCUGAUCGUCGAUGGACCCAAGGAGGUGGACAUGUUUACAUCAGUGCGAUGCCUGGGUUACCUGUCCAGCAUCAACCUUCUUGUGGCAGUAUGCGUUGGCAUGUAUGUACGCUGGGAGGUGACAAGUGAACCGAUGAUUCUGGUCAUCUUCAUCCUGGGCCUCUUUGUCCUGGGGAUAGCCAGCAUUCUUCAUUACUACUUUGCUAUGGAGAAAGCCAGUCUCAGCUUAUUCCAUUUGUGGUUUGGCUUUCUGCUUGGUCUUCUGUGCUUCCUCAGCAGCCCUGCCUUGGUUUCAAAUGUCAAGGAACUGGUCGCCAACUAUCUCCUCCUAGCAAGUGUAAUCAUGAAAACAGUAUGGGCUGUAACUGAGCGAGUGUGCAGCUCCAUACGUUACAAACCCACUUUGUUAACAUCAGCUGAGCUGCUGCAGCUCCUGGGAUUUGGCAUUGCCAGCACCACCAUGCAUCUUCACAUGUCAGUGGCCAUAAUCGGCUUGGUGGUGGCCCUGGGAGCUCUCAUUGUGGACCUGAGGAUGAAAUCCCUCCUGGCUUUGCCCAACCUGGUCUGUUUUGCCUUGGUCACAUCUCUUGUGUUUUUCCAGGCCUUAGGCAUCACAGCCAACCCUUAUGCCUUAGGCUGCUAUCUGGGCAGGCUACUGUGUGAGCCUGUGCUGGAUGUGUACUUCAGUGGGCUUGGGCCCAGCGACCGCUGGAUGCCAGUGCUCUCUCUGGGGAAGGUGUGGAGGAGGUUGUCUCUGCUGCCUCUGAGUGUGACUGAGCUGGCCUUCUUUGUCCUGGCUGCCUUAAAGCUGGGCCACUUGGAGCUGUGGUAUCUGGUGAUCCCAGGUUUCUGCCUGUUUGGCCUUUUCUGGUCCAUUUGCCACAUAAUUCUGCUGAUAACAAUUUGGGGGUUUCACACCAAGCUGAGUGAGUGUCAGAAGACCUGGCGGGCCCAGCGGUCCAGUAGCCGCAGCCUGGACCAAGUGAUGGCCUCCAGGGGCAUCCGACACUUCUGCCUCAUUUCAGAGCGACUGGUGUUCUUUAGUCUGCUGUCAACAGGCAUACUGGGGGCUGUGUCCUGGCAGCCCUCCAACGGCCUCUUUCUCAGCGCUCUGCUGGUGGUCCUGCCUUUGGAGUCCCUGACCCACGGCUUGUUCCAUGAGUUGGGGAGCUGCCUGGGGGGAACCUGUGUUGGCUACGCCCUGGUCAUACCAACUGCUUACACCAGUCCCGAUGGCCAACCCAUUCUCCUACCACCGGAGCAGGUGCAGCAGCUGAACCAGCGUUCCACAGGUAUGCUGAACAACGUGCAGCGCCUCUUCUCCCACCACAUGAUCCAGACAUUCGGCUGCGACUACUCCACCAGCGGCAUCACUCUGGAGGCCCUGCAGACCAAGCUGCGUGACUUCCUGGAGCGUCGCACUGUGGACGGGCCCCGUCACGACACCUACCUGAUUUUCUACAGUGGGCACACGCACAAAGGCACCGGGGCGUGGGCUCUGGCAGGAGGUGAGAGCCUCCACCUGGCCCAGCUACUGGAGCUGUGGAAGGAGAAGAACGCCGGCCACUGCUCCCGUCUCAUCCUCGUCCUGGACACUGAGAACUCCCUCCCCUGGGUCAAGGAGGUGCGCAGGGUGGAUGGGAUCUACAUAGCAGUGCAGGGGGCCGAGCUGUCCACCACCAGGGUUGACCCAGAGGCUGGAGACAUCCCCCUGCUGGGUGACUUCACUUCUGAAUGGGUGGAGUUCAACUGCAACCCAGACAGCGACACCCAGUGGUCGGAAAAGGGGAGGACUGUGACGGCCAUCUACAGCGUGUCCAAACGCUGGAGCGACUACACGCUCCACCUGCCCACCGGAAGUGAUGUUGCCAAGCACUGGAAGACCCAUUUUCCCAAGGCUACGUAUCCCAUGGUGCACCUGUCCAACUGGUGCUGUGGUCUUAACCUGUUCUGGUUAUGCAGUGUGUGUCUGCGCUGCUUCAGGAGGUGUAAACUAGCCUGGUUCCCACCCGCUGUACUGGACACUGGGCAGGGCAUUAAACUGGUGCAUUCAUAGGUGACAUGGGAAGUUGGAAAAAAAAAAAACUGCUAGAGUCAAAAUGAAUGUUACAACUGUUGGAGUAUGCUGGGUACAAGGUGUUUGGUGUUCAGUCAGAGAGAUUUUCCAGCUCAUCACAAAUGUAUUUUAGCAUCAUACUAACCUGAUGUGAUGCAGCAUUUCAUAACAAAACACUUAAUAUUAUAUUGGAACCUCUGAACAAGGCAGUAAGAAGCCCAAUAAAAUAACCUCUUGCAUGCAGUAUAUGGUGAAUUCAAGAAAUGAGAUACCAUAAUUAUGAUACAAUAUUAUGGUAUGACUUAAAGAGAUCAAAUUGUGUGUUUUUGUAUAGAUUUAUCAUAUUUCAGGGCAGUGUGUUAUAUGUUUCUGGGUACUCUGUUGCCAUUACUUCUUUGUAAAUCUCUUUAUUUUGUCACAGCAUGCCAUUUUUUGUGCCUUCUAAGUGCCUUAAAGAUGGAUUUGGGGUCAUCUUUAAAAUGGUUGCCUAAUUUUUUUAUGUGUAUAUAUACAGUAUCCUUGCAUUGCCUCAUUUAUAUUCAGAGGAUAAUCUUAAUUUAAACUGUGUGAGCUGGGAGGGGCUCAGUGUCUUCCUAAAGCCUUUCAACAAGAUGGACAAAAUGCUUGUUGUGGGGGCUGAACUCCAGUGACCUUCUGGUUACAGGAAAGUCUAACCACAAGGCCAACCUGCCACUCUCGCUGCGACAUCCUUUCCAUAUCGCUUUCAAGCCGUUUAAAUAUGCAUGUAUUCCUGUGCUGAACAAAGACAGAUGCAGCGGUUGAGAGACUUGAGUUUAUCAUCGUCAGACAGUGGCCCUCUAUCGUGCCUCGUCUUCGUUUAUUUACACUAAUGAAUCGAUCUUGAAGAAGUCGUUUGCUCUUUACGAACUUAGUGCAUUUGAGUUUUUCUGGCUGUUGUCCUUGCCAUGCUGUGAAACAGUGACUUGUCAUGCAGUGUAACAAAUCAAGAAGUUCCAAGUGCUUUUUAUUCAUGCCCUGACCUCAAGAACUCAUGUUGGCCAUCCUUUAUUUCCUACUUUACUUGCUGCGUUUGAUCUCUCUCCCGCACAUCCCUAAACUCUGGAGUGGAUUGUUGCCUUAAAAAGUGUAUUUCACUGUGAUGUUUUCAGAGAGGCAAAGUGGUUCUUUCCUUAUGUAAUUUCCCUUUGUACCUCAACCAAGCUAUGUCUUAAAGUGUCAGAAUUAAACUUAGAUAAUAAACUGAUAAAACAUU